UUUAGUAGAGACGGGGUUUCACCGUGUUAGCCAGGAUGGUCUCGAUCUCCUGACCUCGUGAUCCAUCCGCCUCGGCCUCCCAAAGUGCUGGGAUUACAGGCAUGAGCCACCGCGCCCGGCCAAUACUGGCUCUCUUCAAACUGAACAUCUCCAGGAUUUUGCAUCUAUCAGGAAGGGAGAUUGUGACCUCCGACAAGUUACAGUCGGCGGUAGGUAUCCACGGAGAAUUGGUUCCAGGACCCCCCUGGAUACCAAAAUCCACAGAUGCUCAAGGCCCUUAUAUUAAAUGGUGUAGUAUACAGUAUUUGCACAUCCUCUCCUACAAUUCACAUCAUCUCCAGAUUCCUUAUAAUAUCAAGUACUAUGUAAUUGUUACAUAGUAGUUGUUACAUUGUAUUAUUUAGGGAAUGAUGACAAGGAAAAAAAGUCCGUACAUGUUCAGUACAGAUGCAAGCAUUCUUUUUUUCCUCAAAUAUUUCUCAUCCGUGGUUAGCUGAAUUUGGAUGAUGAAUCCGCAAAUCUGGAGGGCCGAACAUGCUUAACUUCCCUGAGUUUAUCCAUUGCUAAAGCGAGAAUAAUUACAAACUUAGCUAGGAAGGGUGUUGCGGAAAGUAAUGAAUAUUAUACUAGCAAAGUGCUUGGCACGUUGUUGUGGUUAUUAUUUCCUGAAAACAAACAAAAACCACUUAUUGGUUGGUGUGAAAGAGGGCAUCUGUCAAAGCUGUCGUCCUUUGGAGCCAGAAAAAUAUUUCUUCUAAUGAUGACUCACCUCUCCUCACCUCUCCUUCAACCUCGCCGCUUCUUUGGGGCUCCCUCCCCGAGGACACCGGUCAAGAUUAGCCUGGGCCACAGUGCACUGGUCCUGUUCUGGGUGAUGUUCCAAGCUCACUCUUUUUUUUGUUUUAUUUAUUUAUUAAUUUUUUUUUAGACAGAGUCUCACUCUGUCGCCCAGGGCUGGAGUGCAGUGGUGCAAUCACUGCUCGCUGCAACCUCGAUCCCCUGCGGUCAAGCCUCCUCCCAUCUCAGCCUCGCAGGUAGCUGAGACUACAGACUCAAGCGAUCCGCCCGCCUUGGCCUCUCAAAGUGCUGGGAUUACAGGCAAGAGCCGCCGCGCCCCGCCCCACGCUCAGUCUUGAAAUAGUCUGGAACGGGAAACGGAAAACAGCGAGGUGUCCGAGCGAUAGUUCCGCCCUCCAUCAGUUUGCGGAACCGCCUUAGUAGAAGGGGAGAAGGUGAGUGGAGGAGGCACAGGUCUGGAGGGACCAAAGUUCCCCAAUGGCGGCUCGGGGGUGCGCGGCAUCGCGGCUGCUCCAGCUGCUGCUGCAGCUUCUGCUUCUACUGCUGCUGCUGGCGGCGGGCGAGGCGCGCCCGCGGUGGCGCGGGGAGGGCACCAGCGCACAGUUGCGGGACAUCUUCCUGGGCCGCUGCGCCGAGUACCGCGCACUGCUGAGUCCCGAGCAGCGGAACAAGAACUGCACAGCCAUCUGGGAAGCCUUUAAAGUGGCACUGGACAAGGAUCCCUGCUCCGUGCUUCCCUCGGACUAUGACCUUUUUAUUAACUUGUCCAGGCACUCUAUUCCCAGAGAUAAGGCCCUGUUCUGGGAAAAUAGCCACCUCCUUGUUAACAGCUUUGCAGAAAACACCCGUCGAUUUAUGCCCGUGAGCGAUGUUCUGUAUGGCAGGGUUGUAGAUUUCUUGAGCUGGUGUCGACAGAAAAAUGCCUCUGGACUUGAUUACCAAUCCUGCCCUACAUCAGAAGACUGUGAAAAUAAUCCUGUGGAUUCCUUUUGGAAAAGGGCAUCCAUCCAGUAUUCCAAGGAUAGUUCUGGAGUGAUCCACGUCAUGCUGAACGGUUCAGAGCCCACAGGAGCCUAUCCCAUCAAAGGUUUUUUUGCAGAUUAUGAAAUUCCAAACUUCCAGAAGGAAAAAAUUACACAAAUCGAGAUCUGGGUUAUGCAUGAAAUUGGGGGACCCAAUGUGGAAUCCUGCGGGGAAGGCAGCAUGAAAGUCCUGGAAAAGAGGCUGAAGGACAUGGGGUUCCAGUACAGCUGUAUUAAUGAUUACCGACCAGUGAAGCUCUUACAGUGCGUGGACCACAGCACUCAUCCUGACUGUGCCUUAAAUUCGGCAGCAGCCACUACUCAAAGAAAAGCCCCAAGUCUUUAUGCAGAACAAAGUGCGGGUCUUAUCAUUCCCCUCCUUCUGGUGCUGGCUUGCGGGACUCAACUGUAACUGGAAACUGUGUUGCUCUAACCCUCCUCCAGCCCUGCAGCCUCCCCUUGCAGUCAUCAUUCGUGUUCUGUGUAUACCAAAUGAUUCUGUUGUCUAAAGAAGCUUUUUGCUGGGAAAAUGAUGUCCUGAAAAUGGUAUUUCAAUGAGGCAUAUGUUCAGGAUUUCAGAAACAAGAAAUUAGUUCUAUUUAGCAGGUUAAAAAAUGCUGCACUAGAAUUAAAGCAAGUUAUUUUCUUAUUUUUAUAAUGACACAAAGCAUUGGGAGUCAGACUGCUUGCAUAUUAUCAAACAUUUUUAGAGAAUUCUAAUAAAGCUGUAUUUUACGUAAUCUAUAUUUUCCUAUAUCCAGCAGCACGCACACUGCAUGCUUGUUGAUUGCUUAAGACAUAUGUAUACUAUAUAAAUAUAUGCAUAUAUGGUCUGCAAAGUUUUCAUUUAUUUGGUAUAAAGAUGUUCAGUUAAUGGUUCCUUUUUAUUUUGAGAGACAGAGUUUCACUCCUUUGCCCAGGCUGGAGUGAAGUGGUGAGAUCUCAGCUCACUGCAACCUCCGCUUCCAGGAUUCAAGCGAUUCUCCUGCCUCAGCCUUCCGAGUAGGUGGGAUUGCAAGUGCCUGCCACCAUGCCCAGCUAAUUUUUGUAUUUUUAGUAGAGACGGGGUUUCACCAUGUUGGCCAGGCUAGUCUCAAAUUCUUGACCUCAGGUGAACCACCCGCCUCAGCCUCCCAAAGUGCUAGGAUUACAGGCGUGAGCCACCACAUCCAGCCAUAAUAGUUACUUAUAAUGAGGGAAAAACCCAAAAUAUCCAGUAAUAUUUACAUAUUUACUGAAACUGUUUGGAACUUGUAUUAGUUUGUUCUUGCAUUGCUAUAAAGAACUACCCAAGACUGGGUAAUUUACAAAAAAAAAUAAAAAAGGUUUAAUUGACUCGCA